CACACCGAUUCCACGUCGCUGAGUGGGGAAAACUGGUUCGAAACAUGAAGAGGUGGAAGAGAAUGGUGACAGACAAAGGGUAGAGCCUGCUGUUGCAGUGGACGGAUCAGAUGAACAAAGACCAAUGACGGCAAUUUCAGUGCUUCCUCACAGGGUGACAGUCAUGUGCACAGUCUGGGUUUUCCUCAAAACAUUGUUUUCCUCCCUCUUACCUGAGUUUCCUCAAGGUAUUGCCAACUGACCACUGGCAGACGACUGAUAGAGACAACAUACUUUCUUUUCUUUUUUUAAAUAAUCUUUCUUUUUCUAGAGAUUGUUGUUCCUUGUGAACAACAAUCUCACAAUCUCUGAAGAUAGAAAGAAGAUGAUUAGUGCUUCCAAUUUAAGAAUAAAUAAUAUCAAGGGCACUGUACAUGUGCAUAUCAACAAUGACUGUGACCUUCCUAUUUACAGUAGUUCAAGGAGCUCCUAUGUGAAAUGUAUCUUUCUUUUGAGUGUGAAAGACAAAGCUAAAACAUCGUCAAAAUAAAACAAUGCCAGCCAUUUUCGAGAAACUAAGGAGACAAAGGACUAGACAACAUUCUUAACAAUAAUGCAUUGUCUAUGGUAUCCCAGCUCUCCAUCUGACCAAAUAUCUGUCUACUGAUUGUGGGUUUUUACCCCACAUCAAGGUUAUGUAGACGUACAAGUAGAGUUACCUGUAUGGGUAUCCCUAAUCAAUGAAACAACAAUAGUUGGCAGCUACGGAUCUUUUUUCUCCCAGGGAUAGAUUUAUUUUGGUCUUUAAAAACCAUCCAUGCACGGAGCCUGCGUUUGAUUACAGCUGUAUGUCAGAUGUUGUUUUAAUUUGUUUGACAGUUUGCUUCUGACUAUGGUGGCAUAUAAAGCCCCAAAGGAAAUACACUGAAUUGAUAGCCUUACAAUGUCUGUGCAAAACAAAAGCUCCCAACUUUUAUUUUGUUUGUAUCUUUAAAUACUCAAUAUUCAAAAUAACUAUACAAGUGGCAUGAACUCAUUGGUCAUUUUUCUAUUUAUAUAUAGUUAAUGAUGAUGAGACUAGAUAAAAGUAGACUAAGGACAAAAUCCACAACAUUUAUAAUACAUUUAUAAUAUAAUAACAUUUUUUUUACCAUUAUUGUGCUUUGAAUGAAGGUGAUUCGGACAAAUAAGACUGCAAAAUCCUUUAUAUAUAUGGAAGUUAAUAUAUUUGCCUUCUUCAUCUGAAGAUUUCUAAAAUAAAUAUAAUAGAGAAGGCUCAGAGUUGUUUUUUUUCAGAGAUGUGGCUCAUUUUAAAUAUCAGGUCAUGUCUAAAGUCCUAUUUAAACCAAAAGGGUUCUAAGCCAAAUUAGUGCUGAAUCAUCCAUCCAUCCAUUUUCAUCCGCUUAGUCCGGGGUCGGGUCACGGUGGCAGCAGGCCCAGCAGACUGACCCAGGCUUUCUUCUCACCCGCAAAAUUUUCUAGCUCAUUCUGGGGGAUCCCGAGGCAUUCUCAGGUUAGCUGGGAGAUAUAAUCCCUCCAGUAUGUUAUGGGUCUUCCCCGGGGUCUCCUACCAGUUGGACGUGCCCGGAAAACCUCCAGAGGGAGUGCUAAAUCCAUUGUAGUAAAUAUUGCUUUAGUAAAAAAUUGUUUAUUAUGUCAGAAGCCCUCUUUUACCUUUCAGCCUAUUUGAAGACCAUCUGCAUAGUAUUCUCUAAUCACCAAUGGGAUUGCAUAUGGGAUAAUGAAACUACCCAACAGCAUUCCUCCUUUAACUUUCCUUUUCAAAGUGUUUGUUAUUAAGAGAGCUUCACUGUCACAGAUCAGAUGCAUUCAUGUCAAUUACUUUUCAAUUAUGAUUUUAUAGAGUUAUGUAUUGAGUCCUCAUCUGGUGUUGUGUUUUCUUAUAUUAACUGAUUGUAAUCAGUGCAUGUAUUUUGAUCUAUAACAAGGAAUACAUAGGUUUUGCUUUCAUCUCUCAACAACACCACCACCACUGUAAAAUAGGGUGUAUUACACCUUUUAAAAUGGUGAAAAAGUACUUGUCUACUGCAUGCUGGGAAGUUAGGACUCUGAUUACCUUUGAGGAAUGACAAUAGUUUGUGACGUUGGUCACCAUGUACAAUUGGAAUUUUAUGAGAUGUACUGUUUUGUUUGUCUUUCUGAUAACUGCUUAUAAGUAGAUGUCGUAGAACAAAGUGUGUUGAGAAAUACUUUCAUUAAUAUUAUUAUUUUUAAUUAAUUAAUGUUCUCAAUUGUAAUGGUUACUUAUUGUGUUGAUUUGUUGUAGAUGGUCUGUGAGGAUAGUGUUUCUACUGAUUUCAAUACCUUAGUUACUCCGUUUCGUAAUUGUACCAUAUGGAGUGCUGAGAUUGCAGGACUGCCAGUUUAUGUAUCUACCCAAGGUUUUUUGUAGAACUGACGUCAGAGAAAAGGUUGUACUUUGACCUUGUUUGACAGACAAAUCUGAGCUAGUGUUUGCCGUUAAGUGUGAAUCACUAAAGUUGUGUCCGUCUCUGAUUGGAUGAUGGACGGGUUUCCACUAGAUAGUUGCAGUACAGAGAGCCCUCCCUGAAAGAGGAAAGAAAAAAGGUUUGUUGGCAUUAGUGUCUUCUCAGCAAAGGCCAAGGAAAGUCUAAAAAAAGGCUGGCUGACAUUUUGAAAUUCAUAGACACAUAUGUGUGAGAGCAGAGCAGCCACAACGUAUGGGAGUUGGAGUUUAAAAACUGUCAAGACUCCGGAACUGAGUUGCACAAUGCCUCGUGACGUUUUUCCACCAUUGCUGCUGCUGCUGCUGUUCCUUUCUGUGUUUGGCGCGUCCCACAUCUGCCUGCAGGACGCCGCUUCAGCCUACAGAUUCACUGGAGCUGUAUGUCGCCUCACCUACCCUGCAGCUGUUGUGUUGAAUGAGAAAACUACUAAAGUGAUUGAGGCAGCAUUCCAGCAUGCCAGAUACCCAAGUGUGAAGGGAGAGAAAUCUCUGCUUUUUAUAGGCAGAGUCAUAUAUGGUCUGGACAAUUUGGAGAUUCACAACCUGUCAAUUGGUCGGAGUACAUUUGAACUGCAUCCAGGUGAAGGCAUCGGCUUGGAAAUUGGCAAUGUGUCCGCAGUCUUCAGAGGGAACAUCCAGUAUGGAUAUGGCAACUGGCUUGUCAGCAUUGCACAAUCAAUUGACUUUGAAAUUGAAUCUCAGAUUGACCUUGGAAUCAACCCUAAACUUUACUGCAGAGAAGGGAAGGUAGCAGCAGACACAUCAGACUGUUAUCUUCAUUUUCACAAGCUCCAUCUGCAUCUGCAGGGUGACAAAGAACCAAACUGGCUGAGGAAACUCUUUACUGACUUCAUCACCUUUACUGUAAAACUGGCCAUAAAGGGACAGAUUUGUAAGGAAAUCAACAAGGUGGCAAACAUACUGUCUGACUUCAUACAGGACACAGCAGAUCAGUUCCUCAGUUAUGGAGACAUAAGUGUGGACAUUGGUGUAACUGCUGCUCCUGUCAUCAAUGCUAACUACAUAGAAUCAUAUCACAAGGGGCUGACUAACUACAACAAAGCUGCAGCUGUCAUCAAUAGCUCUGUUUUCCACCCCAGUCAGCUGACUGAAAACAGGAUGCUAUACUUUUGGGUCUCAGACCAGGUCUUUAACCCAAUGUUUAGUGCUGCCCACCAAGAUAGCCAGUUCCAACUCAACAUCUCUGGAGCAGAACUCACUGAACUUUUCAAGACAAAUCUCUCCAGUGAAAUGCCCAUAUUCAUUAGAAAGUGUCUGCUGGAAUCAGGUUCUCCAGAGCUAAGAGUGUGGAGUUCAUCUGUUCCCUACUUAAACACCUCCACCUCUGGUACGACUGUGUGGGGGAAGGCCUCAGGGCAGCUUCACUGUGGGACUCAAAGCACACCAAUACUCUUCUUUAAAACGGACGUGGCCAUUGACGUCACAGCUUCCUAUGCUGACAAGAAACUCUUCUUAAAGGGUAACCAGUCAGAGUAA